CCUGUCAUCUCCACUCCGUUCUCCACCUGUUGAGGGUGAAGUGCGGAUCACUCCGGGGCUCACUCUCUAGGCCACGACCUCACACUGGGACUGGAGUUAGUUGAUCAGAGAUCAUUUAUUCUACAGAUACAAGACAACAUUUGGAAGAGGGAGUGACAACAAAUUAUAAAAUGGCUUCCAGUUCAUUUUUCCCAGAAGAGGAUUUAUCUUGUCCUGUGUGCUGUGACAUCUUCGUUGAUCCAGUCGUUCUGUCAUGUAGCCACAGCGUCUGUAAAACCUGUCUGCAGAACUUCUGGAAACAGAAGGGAUCUCAGGAAUGCCCAUUCUGCAGGAGAAGAUCCUCAAAGACUGAACCUCCCUGUAACCGGGUCUUAAAGAACCUGUGUGAGUCCUUCUUACAGACGAGAAUUCAGAGAGAUUCAGCAGGACCUGUGGUGCUCUGCAGUCUGCACAAUGAGAAUCUCAAGCUCUUCUGUCUGGAGGAUAAACAGUCCAUCUGCUUUGUGUGCCAGGCCUCAAAGAAACAUAAAUAUCAUGACUGUGUCCCAAUAGAUGAAGCUGCACAGGAUUACAAGGAGCAACUCCAGACUGCCUUGAAGCCCUUGCAGAAUAAAAUGGAAGUCUUCAAUGAAGUUAAACAAACCUUUGAUCAAACAGCUGAGCACAUUAAGAGCCAAUCCCAGCACACAGAGAGACAGAUUAAGAAGGAGUUUCAGAAGCUUCACCAGUUUCUACUAGAUGAAGAGGCAGUCAGCAUCGCUGCACUGAGGAAGGAAGAGGAGCACAAGAGUCUGAUGAUGAUGAAGAAGAUUGAGAAGAUAAAAGGAGAGAUAUUGUCCCUUUCAGACACAAUCAAAUCCAUAGAGUUGGAGUUGAGAGCUACAGACAUCUCAUUCCUGCAGAACUUCCAGGCCACCAUGAACGCAGCCCACUGCACACUUCCGGACCCAGAGAGGGUUGCAGGAGCACUGAUAGAUGUGGCCAAAAGCCUUGGCAACCUGCAGUUCAGAGUCUGGGAGAAGAUGCAGUGGAUUGUCAAACACUCCCCUGUGAUUCUUGACCCCAACACUGCACAUGCCUGUCUGUCUCUGUCUGAUGAUCUGACCACUGUGAGAUGCUCAGACCAAAGGCAGCAGCUCCCUGACAACCCGGAGCGGUGUAUGUUCUACGCAGAUGUUCUGGGCUCUGAGGGGUUCAGCUCAGGGAAGCACAGCUGGGAGGUGGAGGUGGGGGAUCACCCUUACUGGUUUCUAGGAGUGGUCAAAGAGUCCAUCAACAGGAAGGUAGAGAUAAAUAGAACACCAAGGUUUGGAAUAUGGCAAAUUGGGCAAAUGUCUGGUCGGUAUAUAGUAGCAGAUGGGACACUUGCUAUGAAGAGGAGACCCUGGAGGGUCAGAGUGGAGCUGGACUACAACAUGGGGGAGUUGUCCUUUUACGACCCCAAGGACAUGACACUUAUCCACACAUAUAAAGAAAGGUUUACUAAGCGACUUUACCCAUUCCUCUCUGUUGGACUGGCUGUUGGUGCCAACAACCCUGAUUUACAGAUCUGCCUGUCAAAGAGUUGUCUUUGACAGUGCUGUCAUCACAGGGAUGUGUCCAGCUCCUUUAUUGGCCCAAUAACAAGCUUUAUUUAAUUUUAACACACUAGAAAGUUGGAAACAAACCCCACUCCUCGUUCACUGCACAUAGAACCCCAUCCAAUCCUUUACGAAAUCUCCAGACGGUUUUCCAUCCUCCCAUAUGCGUACUCCAGUGUGAGCCGAGCCGGCACAAGCGCUAGCAGCACAACUCUGGGGUCUGUACACCCCGCCACAUGCAUCUCAUGUUUCCUGGUCUUCCAAACUGCCAUUUUUAACUGUCCCAACCAGUAGUCCCUUCACCUAUUGGCUAUGCUAUACCUACAGUAGGUCCUCCAACAGGGA